AUGAUCACCAGUCGCAAGGGUCGCUCUCUCACCACCUCGGUCUUUCUUCUUUUUGUCGCAUACCUUUUUCUGGUCUGGUUACCUCUGCACCGACUGUACGGACACCACCGACCGACUCCCAUCCAAGGCGCAGGACAUGCGCAGAACAGCAUUCACUUGAACAACUCUACAGAGAGGUACCCGGUCACCUCAUAUUUUCCUUUGCCAACAUCACCGGGACCACUCCCCCGGAUCCAAUAUGACUUCCCCGCCGAAACCAAGCGUGAGCGUAAGGCAAGACUCAAGAAACAGGAAACCAUCAAGCGAGCCUUUUUGCAUGCUUGGAAUGGAUAUAAAAAUCACGCCUGGAUGCGGGACGAAGUCUCGCCUUCGAGUGGCAGGUAUCAGGAUUCGUUCAGUGGAUGGGGUGCUACUUUAGUCGACUCCCUGGACGCCCUGGUCAUCAUGGGACUUGAUGAUGAGCUUGAGGUUGCUCUGGAUGCUCUGGAACAGGUCGAUUUCACAACAACCCCCAGCUCCAGCGUCAAUGUGUUUGAAAUUAUCAUCCGCUAUAUGGGAGGCAUGAUUGCAGCUCAUGACCUGACCAACGGCAAGCACCCGAUUCUACUCAAGAAAGCAGUGGAGCUAGGCGAGAUGAUCUACAAUGCGUUUGACACGCACAACCGGAUGCCCCAGAUGCGCUGGGAAUGGUCUCGAUCCGCGCAGAAUUUGGAAAUCAUACCGUCGGAUAUCACCAACCUGGCAGAGCUGGGUUCGUUAACUGUUGAAUUCACCCGUCUGUCUCAAUUGACCGGCGAUCCGAAAUACUUCGACGCCGUCCAGCGGAUCACAAACGAGCUGGAAAAGAGCCAGACCAAGACUCGAUUGCCCGGAUUGUGGCCGAACGUCAUUGAUGCCGACCGUCUCUCGUUUGAUGGACCCGAAUACAGUCUCGGAGGAUGUGCGGACUCGGCGUAUGAAUAUCUGCCGAAGGAGCAUAUCCUUCUUGGUGGUCAGACCGAUCAAUACCGCAGCAUGUAUGAGAAGUCUAUUGAGGCUAUCAAGAAACAUAUGCUGUUCCGCCCUAUGCUGAAGGAUGAGCAUCAGAAGAUUCUCUUUACUUCCAACCUCGUCGUCAAUCGAGGUGGCAGAAUCCACCACAAGAGAUAUGUCCAGGAACACCUGAAAUGCUUCCUCGGGGGCACUGUGGGGAUCGCCGCGAAGAUCUUCAAACGCUCAGAGGACAUGUCGGUUGCACGCCAGCUCACAGAUGGAUGUAUCUGGGCUUAUGACACGAUGCCAACGGGUAUUAUGCCGGAGUCGAUGGAAGUCGUUGCCUGCAAGGGUAAAACUCACUGUCCGUUCGACCAGAAUGAGUGGUAUGAAGGAGUUUUGGGCCAGUCGGUCAACUCUGCCAGCGCAAAACAGCAGGUCGAAAAGCUCAUCGACCAUGAAAGUCUGCCUGCAGGCGUGACUGUCGUUCGGGACUCGACAUACAAACUUCGCCCCGAAGCGCUCGAGUCUAUCUUCAUCAUGUACAGAAUUACCGGCGACAAGUCUCUCCAGAACGCCGCAUGGCGCAUGUUUCAACGCAUCGACAAGGCAACACGCACUAAAUUCGGCCACUCUUCGAUCGACGACGUGCGUGACAUUGAACCCAAGCUGAGUGACAAGAUGGAAAGUUUCUGGCUUGCCGAGACGCUCAAGUACCUCUACCUCAUCUUUUCCGAGCCAGACCACAUCAGCUUGGAUGAGUAUGUUUUGAGCACGGAGGCCCACCCCUUCAAAAGACCUACCAAAUACUAA